CAAUUACUCUACACAUGUCUAGUCGUAGGGCAGCUGAUUGCCAUCGGAUAUGGUGCGGAGAUUAUGACAGCAGGCAUUGCCGGUGGGGGAAUGGCAUCCAGCAGCAAUCGUACAUCGUCUAGUCAAUCUGCGUCAGCACCAUCCGCCUACCAAAGCACACCGUUGAGGACAGCGCGUCCAGCAUCUAGUUUUAGCAGUAGCAUCAUUACCAACAUUACCACAGACUCCGCUACCAACACAACAACCGCCUUUAGCAGUAGCAACCGAACAAAAGACGACUUGGCGCAGGAUGCACAGGAUGCAUUCGGGACGACGUGGACCGCCCGGAAGUUUGUGAACAAACCGAUCUACGAUCGGAAAUCGGCCUUUGGUAAACGUUUCGAAGGUGCUCUCCAACCACGAACCAGAGAUCUGGGAGACUGGCGAUGUCCAAAUGUGUCCGAGGGCGCUAAUUUGGAGUGCAGUUGUGACUUACCCCACACGUUACGCUGCAGUGGCGAUUUACAUGGGUUGGAAGUGAUAGCCGAUAGCUUACGCCGUUCGCCAUACGAAGUAUCUUUGCUGGACUGUACACUCAAGAACGUGACCAGCAUCAGUGAUGCGAACAUCUUCCAAAAUGUGUCACUACAAGGUUUGGUGAUCUCGUCCGGCGAGAUUAAGCGAGUGCACAGGCUCGCGUUUAUCGGUAUUCGAACGCCACUGCAAGCGCUCGGUCUACCCAGCAACGCGCUGGAAAGCGUCCCUGUGCAGUCUCUCAGUGCAGUUGGGCAGCUCGAUCGUUUAGAUCUUUCGUUCAACAAGAUUAAAGCGCUACAAAAUGGCGAUUUCUUGACCGUACCGAAACUAUCCUAUCUCGAACUGAGUAGUAAUCAAAUAUCCUUUAUUGCUGCUAAAAGUCUUGUGCCGCUGAAAAAUCUGUUGCACCUGAAGCUAAAUGGGAAUAGGCUGGGGGAGUCACCGGAGAGUCUUAAAGCAUUGACUUCUUGCCUGAGUCUUAAGGAACUGCAUCUGCAUUCGAACAGAAUCCGAGGGCCCUUGCUGAACACGACUUUACCACGCAUUCGCGGACUAGAGAUUCUUUAUCUCGACAAAAACACCAUCUCAAGCAUUCACAACGGUGCACUGGAGGCGUACCCCUAUCUGCAGAUGCUAUCUCUGCGAAGUAAUCAAAUCGAUGUACUACAAGAUCAUGCAUUCUCCGGCCUAGCCUCACUCCAAAUGCUUGAUCUGGGACAUAAUGGGAUCGUUACCAUUUCGGACGCAUCUCUCAAACAUCUACCGCGCCUCAUUAUCCUCGAUCUUACGCACAACUUCCUGCGUGCAUUGACGGCCGACGUGGUUGCACCGUUGCCUGCCUUGAAGGAGCUCCGACUGGACGGCAACGACAUUUCGCUGAUUGCUGAGAACGCACUAGUGAACGCGACGCAACUGCACAGUCUAUCGCUGGAGAGCAACCCACUCGUGUGUGAUUGUACGAUGAGACCAUUCUUGCGUUGGUUAGCCGGGGCACGACCUGCUUCGCAGCAGGGUAUUUUGGGGGCAAUAUGUGCCACUCCACCGUAUCUGGAGGGUGCCGAUCUGUUGCAACUUGCACCGGAAACGCUUACAUGUGGCGAGGGCAACAACAAACAGCAGAUGGACAAUGAUACGUUCCAGACGAUCGAGGUGAUGCUGAAGCUGAAGAAUAAUGCAUCGUAUGUGCGAGAUGUGGGUGGCGAGAUCAGAUUGAGAGAAGUAAACUUCACGGACGAGAGUGACGUUUUCUUGAGCUGGCUGCUAGGCACGGACGAUUAUUCCUGUCGGUUCGUGUACGUGUUUCACACAGACGAUCCUGAAACGAUACUGUUCAACUCGGAGGUCUCUUGCGUUGUAAAACCGGAAGCACCUGUUACGACCAUGGAGUACAUCUACAGAGCCAAGCUGCUAGGAGCGUAUGAUUUACAAAGCAAUGUCAGUUACAAAUUUUGUCUAAUCAUGAAGGAAGACAUCUCGAAGGAUGAGUAUCUCGGUGCCUGUAAGGUGUCCGCAUUGCCCCGUCCCCAGAUCAAUACGGCGAAACAGAAGUCGGUAAAGAAGGAACUUCAAAUUAGCACGCGCCAAACCAACGAGUCGGACAUUUCGGACUUUGAUCGCAUCUCCUCCGACUUUCGGCAUGACGAUCGGAAUCGAGACGAGCUGCUGAAGGGUAAUACGGACGAAGAGGAUGACGUGCAAGAUGCAGAAGAAAGCGAUCGAAUCGAUCAUGCCGUUCCGGAUUCGCUCGAUUACAAUGAUAACAGUGACGCGGACAAUGACAGCGACGAUGAUGAGGAUAGCGAUGAAAGUGUCGGUGUGCUAUCGAACCACAUUCGGGACGACCCCGAUUUCCGGCAGCUACAGCUAGCGGCUGAAGCGGAAGCGGCACGUCUACCCUCAGUGCACGGUGGCCGUGUGCUUCUCGAGGGAUUGGGCACGAUCAUCAUUAUCACCAGCUUGGUAGCGUUUAUUUGGGGUCUAGUGCGCUUCAAGGGCGAACAUCAUCACCUGCCGUCGAUGGCUAGUUGUUAUGCGGUCGACGAACGAAGACGUAGCUCCCACCAGGACGUAGAAAGUCGUAGUCGAUACUUUAAGCUACAGGCAACCACCAGUCUGUGA